AUGACAAUCAACGAUGGCCUUGAUUCUAACUGGGAGUAUCACCAGAAUAAUGUCGCCGUUGGGGCCAUGUUUCCAUCGAAGCGACAUAUGCAGGAUGCAAUAAUUAAGUGGGCAAUGGCGAGCCAGAGGCAGCUGAGAACAACCGUGUUAUCUGGAAAAUACCUAAUGAUGGAAUGUGUGGACAUCAAUUGUCCCGGAAGGGUGCAUGGGUAUGUUCCUAAGUAUGACAUAACAUGGCGUGUGAGCGACUUUGUGCCUCACAGUUGUGAGCUUGCAAGUAUCCGCAAUGAUCAUUGCAACAUGUCGUCUAAUCUCAUAGCUCGGUUGCUGUACACUGAAAUAGUGGAAGGGCAAGCCAUGAGAGUAAACGCCAUACAGAAGAAUGUUAAGAAGCAUCAUUUUUACACCAUUUCUUAUGGCAAGGCUUGGAGGGCUAAGCAGAGGGCGAUGGAGAUGAGGUUUGGUUCGUUUCGAGACGCAUACGACGCUGUUGUUCGUUUGCUGCAGACGCUGGAGGUGAGGAAUCCAGACACAUAUGUGAACAUCCAGAACUUGUUUUUGCCGGAGUCCCCAUCUUACAGGGUUCUGCAUAGAGUCUAUUUCUCGUUCGAUGUAUGCAUCGAAUCAUUCAGACACUGUCGACCCGUGUUAUAUAUCGACGGCACGUUUCUGAUCGGUCAGUACAAGGGUCAAAUCUUGACCGCCAUUGGAAUGGACGGAAAUAAUCAAAUCGUGACACUCGCUUUUGCUUUCGUGGAGAGUGAGAACACCGAAAGCUGGUUAUGGUUCUUCAAGCAGUUGAAGAUUUCAAUUGUAAAGGACAAGCCGAAUGUUUGUAUCCUUCAUGACAGGCAUGCAGGUAUACUGAAAGCUAUUAAGACACUAAAAGAGCCUAGGCAAGAAACGUCAUGGAUUGACAUUGAGAGCCGUUGGUGCAUGCGCCACCUGGGGGGCAAUUUCUACACACAAUUCAGGAACAAGAACCUUAUGAAUGUCUUCAAGAGGCUGUGCAUCCAGAACUAG